UCAUUUUAAAGUUAGUAUCUGCUUUGACUUCAGAUGAAGCUUAACAAAUGCGUAGGCAUCAAAAUGUUUUAUUACUCCUGCGUUUUCAGCCUCCUCUUUGUUUUGAUGACUUUAUGCAUUCUCACAGCUCGUUCAUGUCCAUUAUCCAUGGGUGCUCCCUCCCCGACUCUACAAUACAGUGGCCAGACCAGUUUUCUUUCUCAAAGGACAUCCACCGGAUAACUUCAGACUACCUUUGGCUUCAUCAGCCUUCCCUCUACUGUUCAUUUGAGUCUACUUAUGGGCUGACUAUAUUCCAGACUUCAUCAGUCACUGGCAGUGAAGGAGGCACUGUCAUAAUGAACUGCAGACUGUCAGAAGAAUCUCUUGGACCUGUCCGAUGGUACAAGGGGGACAAUCAGCAGCAGCUCCUAUACUCAGACAUCAGAAAUAAUAAAUCAGAUCCACGAGUAAUGAGAGCUCUACAAGACAAUGCAACAAGAAACAUCGAUUUUUCCAUCAAAUUUACAAAUAUUACCCGCGAUGAUGCUGGGACGUAUUACUGUGUGAAGCUUAAUUCAGACAAAGCAACUGUAAAUGCAUCAGGUUCUGGAACCAAACUUUAUUUCAGCACACCACAAGACAAAGCUGUUACCAUUGGUGUUAUCUGUGGUUUCUUGGUUGCUUUUCUUCUUGCAGCUGUUAUGUUUCUUUAUUACCAGAAAAGAAAGAAAGGGACGACUGUCAAUCAGAAAGGAUCAGCUUCCUCAUAUCCUGCAGUGCAGUUCGAACAGGAUCAGAAAAAUGAAAAUAUUACAUAUGCAACGGUGAUGUUAAAUGAAGGUAUUUCACAGCCAGGAAAUACUGCUCACACAGAUGCAAAAGAGCAUACACAAGACAAUUUCAAGCAGGAACAGGAAAAUGUCACCUAUGCAGAUAUCAAGACCAUCAAGUGAUAGACAAGCACAGCGGUAUCACAAUAUGUUUUAGAGGAACAGAGGACAUAACAAGCAUUGUGGCAAAAGAUAAAAUCUAAUUUCUGGUAUAGCAUUUAAUGCAAUGCCAGCUUACUUAUGAAAGUGUGUUAUACAUCUUGAUAAUCGAUUAUUAGUGGUCAAUAGUUCUUGCUGUUUCUUCUGGUCACUACUAUUAUUGUUUGGCAUAAGGCAAAGUAACACAAAAUGUAACUGAUGGGUACUGAAGAGUAUCAGUGGAAAUGCAUCAUGUCUCACUGUUGGACUCCUCACAAUCCACUUCUAAGAUUUGUGCCCCAAAACACACACCUACAAACAGCAGUACUGACAUUUUGUCUUGGCAAAUCAUGUCGAGUAAGGGUGACAAAAAUAAAAACAAAACAUGAAUUUUAGGCUCUAAUCUCUCAGAAGACCUUUUUCUUGAGGAACUGGUGAAAAGCAAGGAAUCGUUGACAAUGUUUCACUAAGAGAUAUUUAAUACUGCACAGGUAUGAUGUCAAUGAAAAGGUUUGAAAUAUAAAUAACAGAAUAUCUGGCACUAAUAAGUGAAUCAUACAGAACAGUCUUCUGCUCAAAGCACUGAUUUUCAACCAAGGUUACAUACAACUGUGGGGUUUCCCUAGUAUCUGACAGGGGAUCCCCAAAAUUCCCAUUAUCAUUAAAAACAAAAGUAGCUUCUGUUGCUGAAAGAAGACAAUGUAUCUGUUGAUUCGUCUGCAGCUUCAGUAAUUGUGUAAAAACCGUUACUCAUAAAUUUUGCAUUAUCAGUGGAAUGAGUACAAAGAUUUUGUAAAUUUGAUUCGUUCACUUGGAAAAUUCAAAAUAACUUAAUAUGUUUUAAUUAAUUUUAUUAACAGAACUAUUAAAUUAUUA